GAGCGGUGGUGGAAGUUACGCGUCGGGUCUGUGCUGGCCUGAGGCACCGCCAGCGGCCGCGCGGGAGGAUGCGGCGGGAUUUACUUGGAGUAAAAGAUCACUGACUUCUACAAUGGAAAAGUCAUGGAUGCUUUGGACCUUUGUAAAAAGAUGGCUACUAGCUUUGGCUUCCUGGUCUUGGAGUCUCUGCCGUAUUUGUCUCUUACCCUUGAUAGUAACUUUUCAUUUGUACGGAGGCAUUAUAUUACUUAUAUUAAUAUUUGUAUCAAUAGCGGGUAUAUUAUAUAAAUUCCAGGAUGUGCUGCUUUACUUUCCUGAACAGCCCUCUUCAUCACGCCUUUAUGUUCCUAUGCCUACUGGUAUACCACAUGAAAAUAUCUUCAUCAAAACCAAAGAUGGAGUUCUUCUCAAUCUUAUUCUAUUGAGAUACACAGGGGACAAUGCAGCUUAUUCUCCAACCAUCAUUUACUUCCAUGGGAAUGCAGGCAACAUUGGCCACAGGUUGCCCAAUGCUUUGUUAAUGCUGGUAAACCUGAAAGUAAACUUAAUUCUCGUUGAUUAUAGAGGGUAUGGAAAAAGUGAAGGAGAAGCAAGUGAAGAAGGUUUGUACUUAGAUUCUGAGGCUGUGUUAGACUAUGUGAUGACUCGGUCUGAUCUUGACAAAACAAAAAUUUUUCUUUUUGGCCGUUCCUUGGGGGGAGCAGUAGCUAUUCACUUAGCUUCUGAAAAUUCCCAUAGGAUUUCUGCUAUUGUGGUGGAGAACACCUUUCUUAGCAUCCCAUACAUGGCCAGCACUUUGUUUUCUUUCUUUCCAAUGAGGUAUCUUCCUUUAUGGUGCUACAAAAAUAAAUUUCUGUCCUACAGAAAAAUCUCUCAAUGCAGAAUGCCUUCUCUCUUCAUCUCUGGGUUGUCUGAUCAGUUAAUUCCACCAGUUAUGAUGAAGCAACUUUAUGAAUUAUCCCCAGCUCGGACUAAGAGAUUGGCAAUAUUUCCUGACGGAACUCAUAAUGACACUUGGCAGUGCCAGGGUUAUUUCACUGCACUUGAACAGUUCAUCAAAGAGGUAAUAAAGAGUCACUCCCCUGAAGAAAUGGCGAAAACAUCAUCUAACGUAACAAUAAUAUAACUGAUAUUCUUCAGUGGGGUUGAGGAGGGGAGUAACUGCACUGUACCUUGAUUUGUGAAAAGUGGUAAAAGAAUGUCCAUUUUUAAAUGUACGUCAUGUCUAUACUUGCCUACAGAGUGAAAUUAAACUUGGAAAGAUCUGAUGCUUUAUUAAGAUGUUCCAGAUAACUUUUACACUUACAGCAUUGUAAAUGAACCAUUUUAUGUCUUUCUCAUACUUUUUUGGUAUCUCUGUCCAUAUAUUCCAUUUGUUUGAUAUGUACAACAGAUGCUAUUAAAGGAACUUGCUACAAAAGUAGUACAGAAUGUAUUAGUUUAGAACAACGGGAGGUUCUUCAGUAUUCACUGCUGUAUGUGUGAGCUUUUUGGACAGUCAUGGUUAGCACAAUGAUGCUUCUCUUAGAGUUGAUUUAAAGUGUGUCAUGCAUGAGAUUAGUGUUUUAUUCCUUGAAAUUUUCUAUUAUGCAAGGUGGGAAGUCUUUAAUGUGCUAAAUAAUAUAAAAUAACAUUAAUGGUAUACUUGCAGGUAUACUAUCCUGGGUUAUUACUGUUUUUCAUGGUUAUGCAUACAUAUAUAUUUCAAACUGCAGAUGAAAAGACAACUUCUCCUUGUUUUCAUUUUACUAUUUGUAUUAUAAUAGUGCCUGGAAAGUUGUAGUUGCCUAAACAUCAUGGCUUCAGGAUUUUGCCCAGGCAACUUCUUCAUAGAAAACAGAAGUAACCUUCAAAAAGAGAGCAGUGCAAUCUAAGCUUCUUUCCAACCCAGGCUCUCCUCACUAGCAUACAGGCAAACUACUUAUUGGUGUUAGUCUGGUGUACAUCUGAGGUGGGAUUUCCCAAGGCAGAGUGUGUGGUGUGAUAGGAGUGUUGUACAAGGUAGAAGUAUGUAUUUGUGUUUGGGUUUUCAUUAGUGGAUUUUGUGUUUUAGGGUUUUCUUUUUUGUUUGGUUUCUCGUGGUUUUUUUUUGUUUUUUUCUUUUGGUUGGUGUAGUCACAUGUCUGUGUCCUUUAUUUAUACCUCCAAAAGAUACAAAUCCAAAUAAUUACCAGUGAGCACGUGAGUAGAGAUUAAUGUAUACCAGUUGUUACAGUAAAGAUAAUAAAAAUGAGCUGUGCAUUAAAUUUAGUAGACCUAAGCUUAGUUAGUCUGAAAGAGAUGACUUUUAUUUUGACACUUGCACCCAUUUGCUUGCAAAAAGUUUCUUGCAGUUCUGUGGUACCAUGUGGAAGUAUCCUGAGCAUCACCAGAAGUGAGUUUUCUUUAGCUCUGCUGGGAUUUUUGAAGCUAGUACCACCAUUUCAGAGCCAAUAUUACUUAAUUUGAGAGAGCUUGAUUCUGACAAUGUUAGGAGUUUUGUUUGGUUGGUUUUUAGGAGUCUUCCUCCUAGGUAGUCAUAAAAAAGUUGUAUUCUGUUAGCUUAGUCUAUAUGGGAGUGGGGCUGUUCAAACAUCUUCUGUAAGUUUAAUUUGUUAUUUGCUGCAGCUGAUAGUUUGCCUCUUGAAAAAAAUUUUUUAUGGGAAGAACGAACUGUGGAGAAUCUGCCACGCAAUCUGUACAAUUGCCCUUCUGAUUGAAAAUGUAAAGAAACUUUUCAGCCAGGUUGUCCUGAUUCAGAAAAGCAUCUCAGCACACACUUAAAAUAUGUUUCCUGAUGGUAUUUUAAGCUUGUGCUUAAGUUUUCGGCUUGACUAAAACUGCUUUCCCGAACUGGUGCCUUAAUGGUUAUGCCUCCUAAAAUUUAUUACAUGGAAUUACAAGUCUUAUGUACAUGUGAGUAAGAGUUGUCGGCAAUUUAUAGAUAGGGUGAUGCAUCUUUAAGUAACUGUGAUUUAUUUAUUUUUUUAAAAUAAACUUACACAUACCAGAAGUUGCUGCUUUCUCUAGUAAGUAUAUUUUGUCAUACUAUUAAGGUUUUCUUAGAGUCAACUUGAAAAAGCUAUAGACCUUUUUGGAUCUAUAGACCUACAAUCAUUAUAGACCGAGCAUAGUUUUAAAUCUGAGUGAAACCAAAACUAUCUCCUCAGCCUUCCAGUGGUGGUAUUUUUUUUUUUUUUUUUUAUUUUCUUUGAGGGGGUGAGGAGGGUGGGAAAGAUUAUUGGUGAAGUUUGGCUGGGGUUGUGUGUGUGUGUUUAUAUAGCAGAAGGGAGGUAAUGGACAUAGCAGUCCCUUUCCCUGAUGUGUUCUAAAAUGACAAUGUGAGCUGCUUGCAUAGGUUGUUUCAGCUACUCUACUUUGCUUUAGAAUUAUGGUGGAGGGAGAAAAGGAAAAUAAGUGGGCAAAUACUGCUUUUCUAAAAAUAAGUUGAUAAAGCCAAAAUAAUUAGAUUACUUGUUGGAGAUAGAAUGAAAAGAAAGUAAGUAAUUUUCAGAAGUUGCCAUAAUUUGACAUUGAAUACCUUGUUUUGUUUUCAUUAAGUGUAGAUUUCUAAAGUAGCAUGAAUUUUUACACUACUUCCUACCAAUCAAACAAAAACAUCAACCCAAAACACCCCCAAUAUUAUGUGGCACUUAGAUACAAAGGAAGUAUUGUCACUUGGGCACACAGUUGGCUGAGUCAAAGUCAAGUAUGUGGCAUUAUGUUAUGGCAGUCUGGAGCUGUUCAAAGUGGAGUGUUUCUAAAUGUUACUUUUGAUUAUCAAGCCAUAUCUUUCACUCUGUUGUCUGCAGAACGUAAAGAUGAACCUUUUUUGGAUUUUGCAGGUGUUUGGUAUGCGAAGACACAAUUGUCAUAUAUGCAUCCUUUAUACUUAAUCUGCUUUUUUUCCAUCUUCCACAUGCGCAUUUUUACUUCUCCCUUAACCUGUUGGCUGCAUACGCUUACGAAUGAAUGUCUGUUAUCAUGCUGUUUUUCACUGCAUUGGCUAUGAAAUCCACUGAAAGAAAAUAGGAAGGAAAUGACUUCUUAAUGCAAAUAUUCUACUGCUCUAUGUAUGCUCUUUUAAGGGAGAGAGAAGGAGGAUGAAACUUGUUCUGGCAGGUCAAGACUUGUUUUUAUUUUGUAGUCUGUGUGAUGGAAACCCACAGUUACCUGCUGCUAAAAAGUGAACUGCAAACAACAUAUUACUAUUAACUUUAAAAUUGCCAAAAGGUGUAUUGUGAUACUGUUGCAUUUAUUCCACUUAAUACUGUUUUCCUUUAACAGUUCUCUAUUUGUGUAAAGAUGUUUCCCAAGUAUUUGUCA